GGCAUGCGUUGCGAUCACUUCGCCUCUCUCUCUCUCCCUCUCUCCCUCGGUGAAUCUUAUACAGCGACGAAGAGAAGCACACGGCAAUUCUCUCCCCAUUACGGAGCUCGCUCUUCUCUUCGUCCUUCUCGAUCUCGCUCACGCCGUUGGGUCUCCGAUCGCCUGACCGGCCUCGGAUCGUCCACGUAUGGCGAAACCGAGGCACUCGCGCUUCCCGCAGCGGAAGCCGCCGUCCUCGCAGCUGCUCCGCGCCGUGCUCCUCAUCUUCGGCUUCGUCGUGCUGAUCUUCCUCGUGCUUGGCGUGUUCUCGUUCCCCAGCAGCUCCGGUGGCUCCUCUAAGGCGAACGAUCUGAGCUCGAUUUUGAGGAAGAGCGCGGAGAGGAGUGGACUUGGAAGAGAUGGAGACAGAGGCGAGCAGUGGGUUGAGUUGAUCUCAUGGGAACCUAGAGCGUUUGUAUAUCACAAUUUUUUGUCUGAAAACGAGUGCAAAUACCUGAUCGAAAUCGCCGAGCCCCAUAUGCAUAAGUCAACUGUUGUAGAUAGUGCUACUGGAAAGAGUAAAGAUAGCAGGGUACGGACAAGCUCAGGGACGUUUCUGAAGAGAGGGCGUGAUAAGAUAAUUAGGGAUAUUGAGAAAAGGAUAGCAGAUUUUACCUUCAUACCCGCAGAGCAUGGAGAGGGACUUCAAAUUCUCCACUAUGAAGUUGGGCAGAAAUAUGAACCUCACUAUGACUACUUCGUCGAUGAAUACAGCACUAAGAAUGGUGGUCAACGAAUAGCUACUAUUCUCAUGUAUCUCUCUGAUGUUGAGGAAGGAGGUGAGACAGUUUUCCCUGCAGCCAAGGGCAACUUUAGUGCAGUACCUUGGUGGAACGAGCUUUCUGAUUGCGGUAAAGAAGGACUUUCCGUUAAACCGAAAAUGGGUGAUGCACUUCUUUUUUGGAGUAUGAAACCUGAUGGUGUUCUGGAUGAAUCCAGUUUGCAUGGUGGUUGCCCUGUUAUUAAGGGGAACAAAUGGUCAUCGACUAAGUGGUUGCGUGUGCAUGAGUACAAAAUUUGAGAUCCUGAGCAGAAGGUCCAAAGGUUUGUGAACUCCUACUGUUGUAACAUGUGUGCAUUCUCGGGCAAAAGCCCCAUCUUUUGGGUCUCAUGUCCAUCUUUCACGUUAGCAACCAGCAUGCGGGGACAGGCAAUUUUGUGUUGUCUUCAUAGUCCUAGUGUGGUACUGAACAAUUAGCUUGUACCCCAGCCCUCGUCUGUCUGUCUGUCUGUCUGUCUCUUCCUUCUCUCUUUUCCAGAAUCAGUUUAGAGCAUGAGGAUGCUGCCGAGUGCUAUAAUUGUGAACUUCUGGAAGCAAUGGGCGGUGCGUUUUACCUUGCCCACCCGUUAUGUACGAGUAUAAAUUUCAUCACAUAAGUUAUGAAUAGUCAUUUGCCCUUCUAGCCAA